AUGACGUCCGGCGAGCGAGAUUCUUUCCUAUCAGCAGCCUUCCCCCCAGGUUCAUACGGAAGUGUGACACCUGUGUCCAGCACUGCGCUACGCCCUUCCAAUAAGCGAGGACUCGGGCACGGCGACGGAGACCGAGUAGGCGAGAAGGACACGGAAAGCACAUACGGCGAGAAGGACAUAGGCAAUGACAUGGACAGCACGUACGGCGAGAAGGAUAUUUUUGCUCCUUUUUACUCAUUCUCGGCGGCAGUCUACCAGGAGCUGAACUGCUCAACCUACGUGCUUGGCUCGGCAACAAUGGAAGCACUCAAACAUCUCGUAGCAAACAUACCCGACUGGCUCAAGCGCCUCGAAGCGUUUGAUGGCCAACUCGAACAACGCCAAAAGUAUUUUGCGUCGCUGAUAGAGCUGCAAGAGUUUUUCAGACUGCGCGAUGCUCCGCAACCAGAGGUAGCCCCGAUCGCUACCAGCGCAGCUCCUGCCGCCGGACAGCCCAUCAGAACCUCAAUCACCCUCAGCCAUUGCACAACAAACAAGCCAGGCCCGCGUAACUGGGCGGGCUCGGGCGGUACGCAAGCGACAGCGUUCCGACUCGGUCAUCAGUACCAAGAGGGUGGCACCCAACUCUUCUUUGAGGAUCUUGUAAAGUUCGUCAGCGCCAGCCGUAGCAUGAUGCGAAAAGCGAAGAUGGCCGCCAAGGUCGCGCAGAUUAAGCGGCUGGCUGAACUUGAGAGGCUCGAGGAGAGCGAUGAGGAGGGAGCGGAGCCAACACCUAGCGUUGCAGAUGGUGCCAUUGCUCCGCGCAAAACUACGUCAACUGCCAUGAACGAUGGUGAAGCUGAAGACAAAAUACCCAGCUUGCGAUUGAGCGCGAGACGCAUGCAACGACCAGGCAUGCUCAUGGCGCAAGCUGCUCUCGGGCGCUCGAUGUACUCGCGGGCUGGCAGGGAGAUCAGGGGCGUGUAUGGCCAAGGUGGUAUGGGCCCUUCCGGGCUUGACGCGCUGGAGAAGGAUAUAUACGACGACCUCGACAAGGGGCUGGAGUACAUACAGAGCAUGUGCGAGCACGCGGCGCAUCAGUUCUUGCGAGGUAGUGAGUGCGCCGAGGAAGUAGGCAACAUCUCUAGCCGUAUGGUUAAGACAAAGGAGCUUGCCGACGGCGAACUGGAGCGGGUUCAAUGCGAAGAACCAGACGCUUUCAAGGCUGCCGAGGACGAAUCCCGCGGACGCAGCUAUCGUCCGCCCAGCAUGCGGAAAAACCUCACCAGCUCAGGCAGCCACCGGAGCGACCCCAAUGCCAAUGAAGCGGCCCCCGAUGCGGAGACGGCGGGGUGA